AUGACUGAAAGAAACAGACUGCUCAAUAUUGUUUGUGAGACAUCACGUGACAAAAGGUGCAGAUAUGCCAACGAGAAAAACGAAUAUCAUGAUCCACGACUCCUGCUGGGAAACUGGAGAGAAGAACGUGCUCGAGAAGAAGCUGCUUAUGAGCAAUCACUUUUGAAGCAGUCUAAAAGAGACCUUCCUGUGCAAAAGAUUGAAUUAUAUAUGGAUAUGCUGAAUAAACCGGUGGAGCUUACAACCAAUUUUGAUGGUUUUUUGCACAACAAGGAUACUAUACAAAUUGUGUGGAGAAGGCCAAGUACAUCUCUUGCUUCGUCUAAUCAGAACUCCUGCGUAUUUUUAUCAGCGCUGCCAUAUGAUUUUGAGAAAAAUGGAGUGUUCGUCGAGCCUUGUCUUGCAACAGGAUCAAGUGAUCCGAAUGGAAGUUCAGUAAGAUCGACGUUUCAUGUAUGCAGAAAUGAUGAUCGAAUUCCAGACUGGAUUCCAAUUAUGUUUGGGGAAUGUAUUACGAUAUGCACUGUCAUUCCUACGGGAUCUUUUUACCUUUGCUCAGAACAAAGAACUCCUCUAAAAUACGCCAAGUAUUCAGGUCAUCAACGCACUGAAUGGGUUAAGAAUCUUUCUCCCUACUGUUUAUGGAAAAUAGUUGCAAAAGAUCAGAAUUUUCGCCAACGUUUUUCGGAAGCAGAAGUUGCUCAAGCUUUCUGCGGAAAAAAGUUAUCAGUUCCAUAUGUACCAGUUAAUGAAGAAGUUAUUAUUACGCAUGUUAGAACCGGGCAGAAUCUGGCUCUUGAGAAAAGGCAUUUUAUAAAGACACUUAUGGGAUCUGAAUGGGAAGUUUCUUGUCACACUUAUAUAGACAGAAACAGAAAGGAAACUGAAGAAAACUUCUGGGCAUUUGUCGCCCCUUAUGAAAUUCCGUUUUCAAGAAAAUAUAUGCGAGCUUAUGAAGACGGAUAUUUUGAUUCUUGGAAAAAAUCUCUUGAUUUAGCAAGAUCAUUUGCACACAUGAAAAUCUGA